CGUUAACAAUUAAUACUUCAUACAGGCUGCACAAGCUAUGGAUAGCACGUCACUAUUAUUAUUAAGGUUGAUAGCAAGUUGUAAUUAUCAACGUGGCUUCUUAUAGAGCUAUUGUUACAUGGCUAAGUUAGCUGUUUGGCGUAGUCGCUGAAGUCAGUUUGUCAGUGGCACUCUGGAAAACAUUAACUGGUUAGCUUAAUUAGGCUACUACCGUUACCUGGCAAGUUUGAAACAAAACGCCAGUUGUGUGCGGUCUAAAAACGAUAACUAAUAGGGAUGGCGGGGGAGAAGAGCGAAGAGGACGUCGUUGCAGAGUACCUGGGCCAGAACCCGCAGCUGGCCCAAUGGGUCGACACUUGCAGGAGCUAUUGCGAGAGCAACAAACAGUGGGUUGCUCGGAGAGAGUUUAUACUUAGAAACAUGGAGGCUUUCCCCACAGUGGAGCCCGGAGUCCCCAGCAGCAGUCUGGACAGGCUGCUCUCUUUGUCCAUGGUCUGGGCCAAUCACGUGUUCCUCGGCUGCAGCUAUCCACAGGCUGUAAUGGACAAGAUCAAGGAGAUGGGUGACGGGAUAGUUGUCCCAGAUGCCCCAGUUUAUAAAACGACUAAAGAUGAAAUCCUGGCAAGAGGAAAGCGGAGUGCCACAGCAGAGGGUGAUGCUGACAGCUGUGUGAAAAGAGCCAAAUCCGGACCUAAUGAGCUCGCGGGCAGAACAUCUACGUGGUCUGUGAGUCAGAAAUCAGGACCUCUUCCACAGGCUCCAGCAGAGCACCAGCCCUUCUUCAACCGCCUCUACAAAGCAGUGGCCUGGAAGUUGGUGUCCGCUGGGGGCUUUGGUCCAAACUUGGACCAUUUUGAAAUACUUCGCAGCUGUGCAGAGUCAUGUAAAGAGACCCUUGCUUGUGUGUUUGUGCCACUGAAGGACAUCACUGGCCUCCCCGCAGGUCGCACACAGAAGGAAGGGCACGUGUGUGAGAUUCGCUGUCAGACUGUUUACAUGGGGACAGGAUACGGGCGUGAUGAGUCCGCUGCCAAGGCCAUGGCUUCCAAAGAGGCCCUAAAAGUCUUUCAGGGGCGAAAAGUAACAGUAAAGAUCUGCAGACGGAGGUACAAAGGGAAAGAUGUAGAGGAUUUGGUGUUGUUGGACGAACAGCCUCGGAGUCAGGGCUUUCCUCCUGCACUCAGCUACCCCUUUCAGGACGAGCAGCUGGAAGAUGGGUCUUCAGACAAUUUGUGAAGUUUGUCCUGCUGUGAUGCCUGUCAGGAGCAUGGACAAGUGACAUGUGACAUGUGACAUCUACUUAAUGGAGCUACUGAAGGAAUUCAUGACCGUGUUAUGCAGACCAACAUCAUAACUAGUCUUGGGAAGCAUUAACGAUCACAAAGCAUUUUCCACAAUACUAUGUUAACGUAAUACAGGUGGCACAUUGUUAGACAAAUAUCGGGGAUACAUCACCAAAACAACAAGAAUUAACCUCAUACUGUAUUGACCACAUUGCCAACCACUUUCAGUUUUAUAGACAGCGAACAGUGUAACAAAGUGCGUGGAGUUGGAGCAUGUGCCAUCAUUUAAAAGUCAAACAAGCAUAUUGGCAAAAAGCUCAAAUAACAAGGCAAAAUAGUUUAAGAGUUAAAACAAAGAAAGCCACUUUAGUAUUGUAGGAGAAUGUCUUGCAUUAUAUUGAUGUAAUUAUUUGUCCCAACAAAUUAGUUUUGGCCAUCAUUUUAGGAGUCGCGUGUAUAUUUGUCCCCUUUGUUCCUUCCUGUUGGAACAGGAACUGGUGAUUUCACAAGUGUAACUGCAAUAACUGUAACUGCAGUCUAAAACGUUGUUGAAAACCUUCGUCUGUUGCUUUUUGGUUUGUUUAGAGUUCCACUCUCAAGUCACAUGAAUAAACUAAUAACUUGUUGUUUGAUUACCUGUCACUUUGCCAGGGUGCAGAUUGUGGCGGCAGGAUGCAAAAAAGAAAACAUUUAAUACAUUCACUGUAACUUUUAUUUAACAUGCUGGACUUGUCUUUAGUAUUCAUAAUAGUUAAGGAAACAAAACAAAAUGAAAAUGAGGUAUAAAUCCAGACUUUAUUUUUGUUGAUUUUGAAUAUUAUUAUUAUUUUUCAACCAUAAGUGACUGUUUGAUGUCAGAUAUCAACAUGUUUUCUAAUUGUACCCAUUAAGCCUUGCCUUUUACGAAUGUUUCUGUAACAGGUUGUAAUUGCAUUCUCAUUUCUAAUGACCCACAGUUUAGUUUUAAAGUGCAGGACAAGACCUUGCUGAAGUUAUUUGGUGGCACCCACAUUUAAUUCUAAUUUUGUCUUACUUUAAAAAAUGAGUACACGCUGAGUUUCUGCUGUCAAAGUACUGCUACAAAGAAUUGACUGAAGAUUUAAGAACAGAAAACAAUAUGUUUAAGAAGAAUGAGGUGUACUUAACAUAUUUGGUCAACUACAGUACCCAUCAUACUAUACACAGAAGUACAUAAGCCUACUGCUUUUAUUUUAUUUCAUUAUUUAACUUCACUGAUUAAAAAACACAGCCACAAUAGAUAAAACAUUAUUGGGGUCAUAAUUCCUUUGAACACAGUUUGAUACAGUGUGUACAGUUAUGAUGUGUUUGGGGUAAAGUGCUGCUGUGAUGUGUGCUUUUUCUUUUUCCACUUUGGAUUGAAGGUGAACAGGGUUGCAUUGAAGUGUGAGUACCCACACUGUUCCAUGUUGCUGUACGUUUACACCAGUGGUCCUGUUUCUAUAUAUUUUUUAAAUAAACAUAAUUUAACCAAUGAA